GCAUGCUGCUCGGCUGCGGCUCGGCCUCCCACACCCGCGGCGCCCUUGUCCUCGCCAGUAGCGGCAGCGGAGUAGCGAGCAGCGCCCGCGUCUGCAGCGGCGCAGGGUCCGAGCACGCGGCGCGGCGGCGGGGGUCGUGGCCGGGACGGGGACCGGGGACCCGGGCAUGGCGCUGCGGAGGGGCGGCGGGGGGCCGGGGUUGCUGCUGCUGCUGCUGGGCACCGCGUGUCUGACACCGCCGAGCGCGCAGGUGAGGCGGCUGGUGCGCUGCCCCGCCACUUGCAGCUGUACCAAGGAGUCCAUCAUCUGCGUGGGCUCCUCCUGGGUGCCCAGGAUCGUGCCGGGCGACAUCAGCUCCCUGAGCCUGGUAAAUGGAACGUUCUCAGAAAUCAAGGACCGGAUGUUUUCCCAUCUGCCGUCCCUGCAGUUGCUAUUGCUGAAUUCUAAUUCAUUCACAGUCAUCCGGGAUGAUGCUUUUGCUGGACUCUUUCAUCUCGAAUACCUGUUCAUUGAAGGGAACAAAAUAGAAACAAUUUCAAGAAACGCCUUCCGUGGCCUCCGUGACCUGACUCAUCUUUCUUUGGCCAACAACCACAUAAAAGCACUCCCAAGGGAUGUCUUCAGUGAUUUAGACUCUUUGAUUGAACUAGAUUUGAGGGGCAACAAGUUUGAAUGUGACUGCAAAGCCAAGUGGUUGUAUCUGUGGUUGAAGAUGACGAAUUCCACUGUUUCUGAUGUCCUAUGUAUCGGUCCGCCAGAAUAUCAGGAAAAGAAGCUGAAUGACGUGACCAGCUUUGACUAUGAAUGCACAACUACAGAUUUUGUUGUUCAUCAGACUCUGCCCUACCAGUCAGUUUCAGUGGACACGUUCAACUCCAAGAAUGACGUGUACGUGGCCAUCGCUCAGCCUAGCAUGGAGAACUGCAUGGUGCUGGAAUGGGACCACAUCGAAAUGAAUUUCCGGAGCUAUGACAACAUUACAGGUCAGUCCAUCGUGGGCUGCAAGGCCAUCCUCAUUGAAGAUCAGGUCUUUGUGGUGGUGGCCCAGCUCUUCGGCGGCUCUCACAUUUACAGAUACGACGAGAGCUGGACCAAGUUUGUCAAAUUCCAAGACAUAGAAGUCUCUCGCAUUUCCAAGCCCAAUGACAUUGAGCUGUUUCAGAUUGAAGAUGAGACGUUCUUCGUCAUCGCCGACAGCUCCAAAGCCGGUCUGUCAACCGUGUAUAAAUGGAACAGCAAAGGGUUCUACUCGUACCAGUCCCUGCACGAGUGGUUCAGGGACACGGACGCGGAGUUCGUGGAUAUAGACGGAAAAUCGCACCUGAUCCUGUCCAGCCGCUCCCAGGUCCCCAUCAUCCUCCAGUGGAAUAAGAGCUCGAAGAAGUUUGUUCCCCACAGUGACAUCCCCAACAUGGAGGACGUGCUGGCUGUGAAGAGCUUCCGCGUGCAGAACGGCCUCUACCUGUCCCUCACCCGUUUCAUCGGGGACUCCAGGGUCAUGAGGUGGAACAGCAAGCAGUUUGUGGAGAUCCAGGCUCUCCCGUCCCGGGGGGCCAUGACCCUGCAGCCCUUCUCUUUUAAAGAGAAUCACUACCUGGCCCUGGGGAGCGACUACACGUUCUCCCAGAUAUACCAGUGGGAUAAAGAGAAGCAGCUCUUCAAAAAAUUUAAGGAGAUUUAUGUGCAGGCGCCUCGUUCCUUCACAGCCGUCUCCACUGACAGGAGAGAUUUCUUUUUUGCAUCCAGUUUCAAAGGGAAAACAAAGAUUUUUGAACACAUAGUUGUCGACUUAAGUUUGUGAGGGUGUGAUUGGUGAAGUUAAAAGACACGUAGCUUUAGCUCUUACAUGAGAGAACUGGGGGGGAGGGGUGGGGGAGGAAAGAAGCGAGGUUCACAUCUCCGAAAUUGAAAAUGCACUAGGGAAAUAGUUAGAAGUUUGCAAACUUUUAGAACUCAUAUUUUAAUCAGGGAUUGCAUUUAUUGGCUAACUGCAUGACACGUCCAUUCUCCCACUUAAAAAGACAUCCUAAAGCCUGUAAUUACUGAGAAAAGAGUACAGCAUUAACUCUUACCAUCUAGGGAAGUAAUAAGCUUUUUUUUUUUUUUUUUUCCUUUUUAACGAGGAAGGAGAAAACUUGAUAAGUUGGGACUGCUCUUAUAAUGAAAUAAAAACAAAACAAAAAAAAGAC